UCUCGGCGCACUCCGCUCCCAUGGCGGCCGAGCCCGAGUCGCCGCCGUCGGCCUGCCGCUUCUUCCUGGAGGGCCGCUGCCGCUUCGGCGCCCGCUGCCGCCAGCCCCACCCCGGGGCGCCGGCCUCGGCACAGCCUAGCCGCGAGGCCGAGGCCGGGGCCAAAAAACCCCCGUUGCGCACGGCCGCGGCCGUCAUCCAGCGCAUCCGCUGGGACCCGCGCCUCGACCCUGCCGACUUCUCUGUGGGCUACGCCGACCGCUUCCUGGGCGUGCGCGAGGAGCCCUUCUGCGCCUUCUGCUGGGACGAGCCGCUGGCGGCGCUGGGACCCGGCGUGCUGGCUGUGCCGCAGCACCGGGUGCGCUACUUCCGCUUCCGGGGCCGCCUCGUGUGGGACCGCGCCUCGCGUACGGACCACGUCUUCGGCUCGGGCUUGGCGGCCGGUCGCGGGCCCACCAUCCUGGACGCGCUCGACAGCGGGGGCGCGCACGACGGUGAGGAUGCCCAUGUCGGCGAAGGCGCCCACGGGCCCCAGGACGUGCACGAUGGCGAGGACGCGCGUGCCCGCGAAGACGCCCCUGAGGCUGGGGAUACGCGUGACGGCGAGGACGCCCAUGUCGGCGAAGACGACGCCCAUGGGCCCCAGGACGCGCACGACGGUGAGGAUGCCCAUGUCGGCGAAGAUGCCCACGGGGCCCGAAAUGCGAGUGACAGCGAGGAUGCCCACGGGCCCCAGGACGCGUAUGAUGGCAAGGACGCGCGUGACAGCGAGGAUGCCCACGUCGGCGAAGACACCCACGGGGCCCAGGACGCACACGGCGAAAAGGAUGCGCUCGGCGGCGUAGCGGCCGCCCCUGCCAACAUCCGAGUGGAAGAGCACAGAGCACCCCACUGGACAGAACUAGAAGUGGGGCGGAGGCCAGCCACCGCAGCCAGGACCACGGAGCCACGGGGCGGGAAGGGGCAGGCCCAGGCUGCCCCGGGAAGGCCCGCGGGAGAUUUCCCGGAAACCGAAGCAGAGUGGGGUCCUGGGGCCUGGCCCUCAGACUGCGGAGAGGCCGCUGGGGCCAGGGCCGCGGGGCCUCGCCAGCCCCGCCCCACGCAUUUUGUGGCUCUCAUGGUGACUGACCCUGGGCUGCAGGCGAGAGUAGCCAGGACCCAAGAAGAGCUGGUCCGAGCCGCGCCCUGGUGCGCCGCGUUCAUGGUACCCGCGGGCGCGCUGCACCUGACACUGGCCCUCCUGAGGCUAGCAGGCCCUGGGGAGGUAGCCGCGGCCCUUGGUGCACUGAGGCGUGCGCUCUCGGCUCCAGGGCUUCAGGCACCCCCGCAGGUGAGGUUUAGGCGCCCGCUUCUCCUGAGGCACCAUGUACUCUGUGCCCCUCCCUGCCCCUCCCUGGAAAAUAUGGCCCAAGUGCUGAGACAGAGGCUAGAGGCGGAGGGGCUCAGAGUAGUUCAGCCCCUAGGGGGGCUACACCCCCACCUCACCUUGGCCAAGGUGCCCCAAGGUUCUCAAGUCUGCCUCCCUGAGCCCAAGUUCAUCCCUGGACAGGAGCUAGGGAGCCAGCCCCUGGGGAAGCUCUGGUUGUGCCGCGUGGGCAGGGCAGGAGAUACCUACCGGCCCCUGGCUGAGAUGCCCCUGGGGUGACCGCCCCUGCUCAGACCUCUGGGGGAGGCAGAUCUCCACCCUAAAGAACAGGAGAAGACCCAGUCCACGCAGGAAGGGACAAAGUGCUCUCUCUCUCUCUCUCUCUCUUUAAUUUUGGUUUCUCUCAAGCUUCCAAAUGGUGCUCAGUGAUCCAAGGAAAAGAAUGAAGGAAGGAGAAGGGAGGGGAGAGGGGAGGGAGGGGAGGCAGAGGAGGAACAUCUGGAAAAGAAGCAGCCUGACAGUCCAGCUGUUUGCAAACUCAUUGCACAUCCUCCAGUUACAUGGCAGAAGAGGGGGGAGGGCCAAAAAGAAAAA